AUGGGAUCUACUGAAACAGAGAGCGACGAGGAUGACUAUAUGCCUGAUUUAACUCGCAAGAUAGCUCAAUCUACUAUACAAGACUCUAAUUACCUGGUUGAAAGCAAAAAAGGAUGGUGGGUUUCUGGUUCUCCACAAUCGACUCUAUGUAGUGUUAUGGCUAGUCGUGGGUGCCACCCGGGUUCCGGCUGUCAUAGAACCAACUGUUUGUCUACGGUUUCAACACCGCCGGUUGCCAACCGGAAAGACUCGACAACGUCGUUGGAUUUAUUGUCUGCGGCUGCAGCAGAGGUUGCCCGGAUAAGAAUGAUGGAAGAAACACUUGGGUUUUAUUCUACCAACUACAGAGGUGGUGUGGAUGGACCUUUCAUUUCGCCCAGAAAACCCAGUGCUGUUACAGUACCAUCCAAAAACCUGAAUCGCAGUUCUGGGUUUUACCCGAACCAUACCCACCUUUCGUUUCAACAGUUGCAAGCUACGCAAUUCCAGCAGUUGAAGGAGCAACAAAUGAUGAAGCAACCUCAACAAGGAAGUCGGUUUUAUGGUCAAAUGAAAAGUGGGUACUCGCAUAUGGUUCAGAAUAAUGGCAGUUCUAAUGCGUUGUCAAUGGAUGGUCGGUCUACUGUACAACAAUCUCCAAAACAUCAGCAGACUGGGUCAGGCAUGAGGGUGUUUCUUGGAGAUCCCGGUACUAAAAAAGAACGUACCGGAACCGGUGUUUUCUUGCCCAGAAGAGUAGGAGCCCCCACUGAAACUCGAAAGAAAUCAGGGUGUUCUACAGUUCUGUUACCAGAUAGAGUGGUCCAGGCUUUGAAUUUGAACUUGGAAUCCAUGGAUUCCCAGGCACUGCAGCAGCCGCAGAACAGAGCAAAUGGAAAUUUCAUUCCUGACUAUGCUGCUGCUGUGAAGUACACAAAUAAUGUUCUAAUGGCACAGCAGAGGAAAAAUCAAAGACCAGCAGCAGUAACAAAUCAAGAACUCAGGCUUCCCCAGGAGUGGACUUACUGA